GCAUCAGGUCAGCAUUUUUACAUGCAAAGCUUUUCUGUUAAUACUGUGUCAUUUUUCUCUCAGAAUAAUUGUCAAAGACAAUAGGAAAAUUAAAUCAGUUCUGCUGAAGAGCUUGCACCUACUGGGACCUCUGACAAAUUAGUCAGGAAAACGAAACCCAAGGGAAUUGGCAGACAGAAAAUAAAGCCAUGGAGAGCAAGAAAGAAGUAGAAGUGGAGUUGAAGGAGAUUGCAACGGUUGAGGAGGAUAAGGAAAAAGAGAAUAAGGAAAAAGAAGAUAAGGAGAAGAAGGAGACAAAAGGGGAGGCCGUAGAUGAAGGGAAUGUUUACUCCAGUCUCACCGACCCAUCUGAACAUGUGUAUGGUGUGCCCUCUUCAGCCCGCUCUUAUACAGUCAAUAAAGAUGCAUCACCAGAUAUUCACCGGAAAGUUCGUGUUUACCGCAUCAUUUCACUGGUUCUUUUUGUCAUCUGCGUCCUGUUGAUGAUUACAGUCCUUGUUCUGUUUAUGAAGUGUUAUCCAGAGGGGCUUCUUACCCCAGUGACUGGGACGCAGCCAUGUCAGGUGGUAGAGGAGACUGACAGAUCUCCACCGGAACAGCUGGAAUGCAGCCUGGAGAAAUGCCAACAGGUUUACCAACAGCCUAUUGAAGGAGCUCAGCGUCUGUGCAGUAAUUGUGCCAAGGGCUGGUUGAAGUUCGAGAAUACUUGUUACUUCCUGUCUCAAAACCGCCUGACCUGGCAGAAGAGCAGGGAGGAAUGCCAGAGGAAGGGAGGAGAUCUUGCCGUCAUCACUAAUGAACGUGUGCAGAUGUAUCUGAGCAGGCAGGGGAAUUUGCACUACUGGAUUGGGCUAAGUCGUGUGGGGACAAAUGAAUGGACAUGGAUUAACAACACUGUAUUGACAGUGAGAUAUUGGGAAGAUGAUUCCUCUACUGGAGAAUGUGCCAUUCUGGCUGCAAAUGAAUCACCUGAACGGAGCUGGCGCCCAUCUCACUGCAAAUUAUAUUUACAGUACAUCUGUCAGAAGAUGUAGAUGUCAGAAGAUCAACUACACCAAUCACAACCAGCUAUAUAUCUUGAUAUCAUUACUUAAUACAUAAUCAAGACAAUCAUAAUUUCUCUAAAGAUAAGAAAAAGGGAUAUUUGGGCCUUUUUUUUUUUACAGCAUGCAUUAUGAAGCAUUAUAGAUGCAAAAAGUUUUUAGAAAUUGUCCCUUUUAUUUGUAUUACAACUGCACUCAUGUCUAACUCUACUGAUUAUUUGCACAAAGCUUGUUAAUUUGCACUAAUAAUGCCUAGUGUUCACAUGAUAGUGUACUGAAUUGCGCAUACAUUCUCUUUGAAAUGUCUCUUUUUGUAUUUCAUAAUUAAACUUCUACCUUUAUAUGUAACAAUA